GUGGUGCGGCCGGCAGGCAGCGAUGGCGGCCGUACGGGGCCUGCGGGUGUCGGUGAAGGCGGAGGCCCCGGCGGGGCCUGCCCUGGGUCUCCCGUCACCUGAGGCAGAAUCUGGUUUGGACCGUGGCGAGCCGGAGCCUAUGGAGGUGGAGGAGGGCGAGCUGGAGAUCGUACCGGUGCGGCGCUCGUUGAAGGAACUGAUCCCGGACACAAGCAGAAGAUAUGAAAACAAAGCUGGCAGCUUCAUCACUGGAAUUGAUGUCACCUCCAAGGAAGCAAUUGAAAAGAAAGAACAGCGAGCCAAGCGCUUUCAUUUUCGAUCAGAAGUAAAUCUUGCCCAGAGAAAUGUAGCCUUGGACCGAGACAUGAUGAAGAAAGCAAUCCCUAAAGUAAGACUGGAGACAAUCUACAUUUGUGGAGUAGAUGAGAUGAGUACCCAGGAUAUCUUUUCCUAUUUUAAAGAGUAUCCUCCAGCUCACAUCGAAUGGUUGGAUGAUACUUCCUGUAAUGUGGUUUGGUUGGAUGAAAUGACAGCCACACGAGCCCUUAUCAACAUGAGCUCUCUGCCUGCCCAGGAUAAGAUAAGAAGCAGGGAUGCCAAUGAGGACAAGUCAUCUGAGAAAAGUAAAAAAGACAAGCAGGAAGACAGUUCAGAUGAUGAUGAAGCUGAGGAAGGAGAAGUUGAAGAUGAGACCUCAAGUGAUGUAGAGUUGGACACAUUGUCUCAGGUAGAAGAGGAGUCUUUGUUAAGAAACGAUCUUCGUCCAGCUAACAAACUUGCUAAAGGAAAUAGGUUAUUCAUGAGAUUUGCAACAAAAGAUGACAAAAAGGAACUUGGAGCAGCCAGAAGAAGUCAGUACUACAUGAAGUACGGGAAUCCAAAUUAUGGAGGCAUGAAAGGAAUUCUUAGCAAUUCAUGGAAGCGAAGAUAUCAUUCCCGUCGCAUUCAGCGGGAUGUGAUCAAGAAGAGAGCCCUGAUUGGGGAUGACGUUGGCUUGACGUCGUAUAAACACCGACAUUCCGGACUAGUGAAUGUUCCUGAGGAACCCAUUGAAGAGGAGGAAGAGGAGGAGGAGGAGGAGGAGGAGGAGGAGGAAGACCAAGACAUGGAUGCAGAUGACAGGGUGGUGGUGGAGUACCAUGAGGAGCUCCCAACUCUCAAGCAGUCUCGGGAGCGGAGCGCAUCUAGGCGUUCCAGCGCCAGCAGCUCAGACUCAGAUGAAAUGGACUAUGAUCUAGAACUGAAAAUGAUUUCCACUCCUUCACCAAAGAAAAGCAUGAAAAUGACGAUGUAUGCUGAUGAAGUGGAAUCUCAGUUGAAAAAUAUUAGGAACUCCAUGAGGGCAGAUAGUCUAUCCUCAAGCAAUAUCAAAAACCGAAUUGGUAACAAAUUACCACCGGAGAAAUUUGCAGAUGUCCGACAUUUAUUAGAUGAAAAACGUCAGCACUCACGUCCACGGCCACCAGUCAGCAGUACUAAAUCAGAUAUACGCCAGAGGUUAGGAAAAAGACCAUAUUCUCCAGAAAAGACUUUUAGCAGUAACCCUGUUAUUCGGAGAGAGCCUUCUUCUGAUGUACAUAGUAGGUUAGGCGUUCCCAGGCAAGAUAUUAAAGGCCUCUACUCUGAUACCCGGGAGAAGAAAUCAGGUAGUUUAUGGACUCGCUUAGGAUCUGCACCCAAGACCAAAGAGAAGAAUAUGAAGAAAGUGGAUCACAGGGCACCUGGCACUGAAGAAGAUGACUCUGAGCUGCAAAGGGCGUGGGGGGCUCUGAUUAAGGAGAAAGAGCAGUCUCGCCAAAAGAAGAGCCGGUUAGAUAACUUACCAUCUCUCCAGAUUGAAGUUAGUAGGGAAAGCAGCUCUGGUUCAGAGGCAGAGUCCUGAUGCCCUGGGGCCUAUGGCAGCUGCCCUAAAGCCUGGCAUUCUUGCACAGGGUGGGGUGCACAGUAGGAACCUCCCCUGCAGGAGUUGGCGCCCUCUCACUCCUACUCAUCCAAUCACCCUCAGCUCUUGCUGCUUCAGCAAGACAUCUUAGGAAUGUGAGGAGUUUUGAAGGGCAUCUCUCUAUCUUUUGCUACAGAGUUAUAGUUCUGGGCCCUCAAUUAUUUUCCCACCCCACAAGCUUUACCCUUUGAGAAAAAGGCCACCCUCCAGAUUUUGUAGACGUUUUCUUAAUAUUUUUAACAUUGUGUCUUUUAAAAAGAAAUGUUUUACACAGUUCAUCCAAAGAGCAGAGAACUGAACUUCUCACUAUUGCCUUGGCCCUGACAGCUGUUACCAGCACCCUUUUCCCAAGAAAAGUCAAUUCCCAGGUGCUUAUUGGACAGCCUUCGAGGGGGAAGAUGAGGGAAGCGGCCAGCUCACACUUCCGGGACCCUAGUAUGGGGGCGAAUCUCAUGGACCUGACCUCAGAGGUGCACCAGUGCCGCCCAGGUAGAUAAGAGAUGCAGCAUUGAUUGUGCUUCCGUUCUUCCCUCGGGAAUUUCUAAUGUUAGGGGCCUCUUAUUAGUUGAUCAACUUGAUGUGAAGAUCAAGUUCAGUUUUGUGGGAUUUUUAGGAACAAAAAAACUGUGACUUCUGGAUUUGGGAUUGAUUUUUGUGCUAGGGGUGGGGUCAUGGUUAAUGUUGAACAAUUUUUAAGUGUGUGUUAUGUUUAAAGAUAUUAAUGAUUUCAAAGUUUAAAUUUUUAAUUUUUAUAUGUGGAAAUUCUUCCUGUUGGCUACAGGGGAAGCUCAAGUGGUGUCUUCUUUUGUGCUGUUAAAUAUAUAUUAUAUACUUUGGAA